CCGCUCGUGGUCUGGGUAUUGGCUGGUGGUCGGUGGGGACAGACUGGCAGACACGCUUUGGCAACUGGCUUGGUAUUCUGGGGAGUCAUCUAGCCGCCCUGGAGAGACUUUCCAAGUCCGCCAUGGAAAGAGGUGGUUCAACUGUGGAGUGGCAGAAUCUAGGUCAAAAAGUAGUUUUCCCGAGCGGUUUAAGUGGAGAGAAUUCAGGACCUCUUUCAGGUUUGAUGUGUGGAAGUUUCUGUGGCUGGGAGAGUUGGGGAGGCUGGAGACGGCCUAAAGCCUUGGCCAAGUGUCUGAGGGCAGCCACAGUCGGAGUUGGGGGUGAUGUGGGGAGGGACUGGGUACUUUCAAAAUGUGUAGGAACUUUAGAAGGACCCUGUACGCACUCCUGUUCACUCCUGCAGGUCAAUGGUCUGAAAUUUAAGCUUCUGCUUUUUGUCUGUGUGCUGAGUUCUCAGUUACUCAACUGAAAGCAUUUGAAACACACUCCCCUAAUUCGGAGUCAUUGUAAGAAAACAAAACAAAAAAACAGAAAUGAGGUGCUAGACUGAAGGGUAUGAGAGAACUAGCAUUUCAGGGACACUCAGGAAGAUCUGCCCUUGAUGGUUAUUGGAAAAGAAAUGGUUAUUGUGUUGACCUGGAUAUAGUCUUAACAAUUGCCUUUUUCCAUCUCUAAGGGUCUAAGGAUAACUCUGGGGCCAUGAUUCCCACAGGGGACCCCAGAUUUCUACACUGAGAAAUGUCAGGUGCCACUGGACUUGUUCUGAGACCCUUUCCCUAGAGGAUGGCCAAGGGGCUCCUGGUGACCUAUGCCCUCUGGGCUGUAGGGGGCCCUGUUGGGCUCCACCACCUGUACCUGGGGCGGGACAGUCAUGCACUGCUCUGGAUGCUUACCCUGGGCGGUGGUGGGCUGGGCUGGCUCUGGGAAUUCUGGAAGCUCCCAAGCUUUGUAGCUCAGGCCAACAGAGCCCAGGGGCAGAGGCAGAGCUCAGGAGAGGGGACACCUCCUGUGAGUCCCAUUCGCUUUGCUGCCCAGAUAAUAGUGGGCAUCUACUUUGGCCUCGUGGCUCUCAUUAGCCUUUCUUUCAUGGCCAACUUCUAUAUAGUGGGCCUCCCACUGGCGGUUGGAUUAGGGGUGUUGUUGGUGGCUGCUGUUGGCAACCAGACCUCAGAUUUCAAGAACACUCUAGGGGCAGCAUUUCUUACUUCUCCUCUCUUCUAUGGCCGUCCCAUAGCCAUCCUGCCCAUCAGCUUGGCUGCCAGCAUGACAGCCCAGAAGCAUCGCCGCUACAAAGCUUCAGGUGGGCCAGAGAAGCUCAGUGUGAGGCUCUACCGCCUGGGCUUGGCUUACCUUGCUUUCACCGGCCCGCUAGCCUACAGUGCCCUCGGCAAUACAGCUGCCACCCUCAGCUUCGUGGCAGAGACCCUUGGCUCCAUCUUGAGCUGGUUCAGCUUCUUUCUCCUCCUUGGCCGCCUCAUGGAGUCUGUCCUCCUUCUGCCUCACUGGGUCGGGAGGCUACUGGUGGGGGAUCUUGGCUUCAGCUGCAGCUACUUCCAGGAGUGGGAGAAGCUGUGUGAAUUUGUCCGGACUUUUCAGGAUGAGAAACAUCAGCUGGCUAACCAGAUUUUGGGCCUCCCAGAGGGGGCAACAAAAGAGGAAAUCCAUAGGCAAUACCGGGAGCUAGUGAAGAUCUGGCACCCUGACCACAACCGGCACCGGACAGAGGAGGCUCAGAGGCACUUCCUGGAGAUCAAAGCUGCAUAUGAAGUCCUGAGUCAGCCCAGAAAGCCCAGGGGAUCCUGGAAGUGAGAAGAAACUUCCCUUUGAGAAUGGACUCUUCCUGGUAGAGUUGGGCAGCUUGUCCCAGCCCAGCAUU